GCUGAAGGGGCAUCAAAAAGGCACCAUCCGGUCUACAUUGCCCUGCUGCACAGGUCCACUCAGUCACCAUGAAGUACGCCAUCAUCGCUGCUCUGUUUGUGUUCGCUCUGGCUCAAGGGAGCCUGGCUCAGGAUUCCUCUCAGGACCUGGCCAGCAUCACACAGUACCUGGAGGAUGCAAAGAACAAGAUGAUUGAGGAGAUGAACAAAGUCUUCCAGCAGAAUGACCUGGCAGCCCAGGCCCAGGCCCAGGCCCAGACUAUGCUGGAGAGCUCAAGAGCCCAGCUGGAAGCCAUAGCCCCUCAGGUGGAGCAGCAACUGAAGACUGUCCUGUCCACUAUGGAGGAGACAGUGAAACCCCUGCAGGAGCAGAUGCAGCCCCUCCUGGAAAACUUCCAGAGAGAGAUGGAGGCCUUAGCACAGAAGCUGACAGAGAAGGCCAAGGCUAUUGCUAACUAAGCCAUGGACCAGUGUGCUAGCGUCCACUGUGCUGUGCUUCACUGCUGUUUAACAUGAACCAUCUGUGAAUAAGCAAAAUAAAACUUGGAAGCACAAACGUGUUGAUCAUUUCCAUUCAUUCCUAUC